UUGCCUCAAAAUAACCUAUACAUAACAUGAAGUACAAGGGUGCAUCGAAGUAUUUUCAGUGAGAAUUCAGUGAGUGGAUUUUCAAAUCGUAAAAAACGAAGAUGAAAAUUCAAUAUUUUUAAUGUUUUGUUAAAUAUUUAUCCAACAAUAUGGCAACUCGCUGUACGAGUGCAUCAAAUUUGAGCGAUUUAAUUCGCAGAGACAGUUCAGUGACAGUUCCUGGCGUCGGAAAAUCAGAUAGACGAACGUUCGGCUUGGCAGCUUCGACUCCGUGUGCGGCCGAUUGGCAAGAUGUCGUUAACCAAGUUACUACGUUAUUUCAAACGAAAAAAAUGACAAUGAAGCUACAUGAACUCACAGUUAAAGUCAAAAACGUUAAGUCUGAUGUAGGCAACCAAAUUAACGAGCUUUAUCAAGAGUCGAUUUUGAAAAAAGGAAUGAUUAUUUUACGAGAAGAAGUGAGAGAAAAAUCCGGUGAUUAUUUGGAAAAGCUUGCCAGCUGUUGGACGGUUUUCUUUUGUAAUAUUUUACCAACAUUGCAAGCUGUGUUUGCCUCAUUGCCUCAGGCAAAUGGUCUCGCAGUACGCGAGAUUUCUCUGGUCUAUUUCAGAGAUAUUGUUGUUUUGAAAACUAAAUUAGAUGAAGUUAUAGAUGGAGGAAGGGAGGUACCCCCCCGUAUUGUUCAAAUGUUGUUAGUUUUACAGGUAAGGGAAAUUUUGUUUCCGGGGGGUGUAACUGUAAGUUGUUUUGGUAUUGGCUCAGUGGAUUUAAAUAAGCCCCAUUUACACUAAGAAAUUAUAGCAGUUUGCUUCAAUGUAUGCAUAUGUAUGCUUCAUCCAAUUGUCAAAAUGGCGAGAAAAAAGAACAGAUAACAAAUAACAGAGGCAUUACAUGGCCAGAUACACUACAGCAACUAUAGCUUUGCUGAAUAAUCCAUGGCCGGCAGGCCUCGAAUUUCCCUGAAAUCAAUCGAUGGCAAUGGCGUUAAAAAUUGCCGUAGAACGUAACAGCUGUCUAUGGCCAUUUUUCGCAGUUUCCACGGCAUUUUUCAAAUUACUGUAAUAAAACUUUAAUUUUAUUGUUACUUUGGAUUUUUGACAAGCUAGAAACAUGUCUACGUAUUUCGUUAGUGUUUUUUUUUUCGAAGAAAACUGAGACUAAAAUAGUGAUUUACACAUGAUUUGAUCAACAUCUGAAUUCAAGUAUCAAAGUAGUAAUGCACAGUGAAUAGUUUAAAAAAUUACACUAUACGGCAAAAAAUUGCCGUUGUUGCCGCAAUGAUCCACAGAAUUUUGUUCUCCCUCUACGGCAAUUGCCGCGAUAAAAUUCGAGCCCUGAUGGCCGGUGAACCAACCAUAUGAGUGACAUACAGUGCUACACUAAUAGCUUAGUGACAGUGCUUCACUAAAGUACUAAGUAUGUACAUGGAGAAUACACUUGACAAGUUAUUUAUUGAAUGUUUUAAGAAAUAUGUUUAAACCCUGCAAAAUUAUGCUCAAGUUUAUGUUUGGUACUGGACCCUGUUUGGGAGGGAAGCGGAGCCCGGCUUGCGAGUUUGAAUCGCACUUUGAAAAGUGACCUGAAAUGGAAAUCUUUAUUCCAGAGUGUCCAUGAUAGUAAUGCUGAAAACUACCUGAAGUUGGAAAGACUUGUAGCAAAGACAGUCACUCCUUAUCUCAGUACUUCAGUUUUAUGUCUCACGAAAGCAAAAACAUCAAAUGUCGAUGGCGAUGCAUCAGAACAAUAUCAACCUAAAGUGUUCAUGCCUGGCAAUGAAAGACUCGAUCCUGUUAUUGAGGUUGAUGUUGGAUCACAACGUUCAUCUGUAUCCUCUAUGUCAAAUGAAAGUAUGGCUCCUGCCACGCCCUUACUUAAAACACCUAACAUUGAAUCAGGGUAUUCUCAUAGUAAUCCUUGCUAGAACUAGGGGACCGAGACUCGCCUCCAGCACUUACAUGUACAUCUCAAAUCUCAAUGCUUUGUAUCCUCUCUAUCAAAUGAAAGCAUGAUGCCAGACACAUCCUUACUUAAAACAGCAGACAUUAAAUCAGCAGAUAAUUACUCAUAAAUAGCCUGUAUGCACCAGAACCUUCUCUCUAGCUGUUUAAUUCUGGACAAAACUCUGAGGCCAGUCCGUAUGAAGGCUCGUAGUGAUUGAACGAUUGUGCAACAAUCAGAAAUUACUGAUCACCAUUAAAAUGCAACUUGUAUCAACGUGUAAUGCAUAAUAAUUUUUAAAGUGCGCAUUUUCUCAACAAUCAUCAAGGCAAAAAUCAGCCCGAUACCGAUUAUUGGUUAAUCACUAAAGGCUGGAUAAUGAUUUUUUCAACCAUUGCAAAAAUGCUCGAAACGUGAUAAAACUAUGAAUGGGUUGUUCCAAAAAAGAUUCACACCUCCCCCACAGUGGAAAUUUCUGCCAUGCAGAGGGGGAGGGAGGAAAAAUUUGUUUCUGACAAAAGUAAGUGUAUUAAGAUGCAAGGGGUACAGGGAGUUAACUUCCAAUUUCCUCCAUGGGGGGAGGUAUGGAUGUUUUCUGGAAUGACCCAAUAUGGAUCCCACAAUUAAUAAGAGGAAACUUUAAUUUUUAUAUAUUAAAGUUUAAUCAGGGUUAUAUGUACCAGUCAAUGGCCAAUUUAAGAAAGCUUGAAAAUCCCUAUCCAGUGGAUAGCACUAUCCAGCUUUCAUACAACCGGCCUCUGAUUGUUUUGUCUUCAAUCAUGUUUCCAUCUAAAUAAGAAAAACACUUCUUGAAAUAUUGAUAUCUAAGACUCUUCAUCAAAGGAAUUCCUGUAGUAUGAAGAGCCUACUAGUUAGAUGCUAGCCUGCGUGGCAGGCCCUCAAAUUUAUGGGGGGCCUGAUUUGCAGCGGGCAGGAUUUUGGCGGGCUCUGCCAAAAUCCUGCCCGCUGCAAAUCAGGCCCCUCAUAAAUUUGAGGGCCUGCCACGCAGGCUAGUUAGAUGCUUGUAACUUUGAGAAGUGUUUUUUAUUCAAUUGAAUUGCUGAUGUGUUCCUAUAUUCCCAAGAGAUUAAUAUUAUGUUUCUACAUGUCGAAUCAUUGUGGUUUAAUUGUCGUUGAUGGCUCAAACCAAAACCCUGAAACAAGAAUAGUAGUGUUAUCAAUAGCACAAUUUGUGAAAAUUAGAAGAUGACAUUACGAUGUUGCAAAAAUUUAUAGAAUCACAUGAUUCAUUAGCUACAGUACAUGACUACAUGAUUGUAUUUCUCCAACUUGGAGAGCAGCCCCUGGUUGCUGAAUGAGUCAUGGCUGCAGAAAGUAGGAAGCAAUGGAGCGAUGCUACAUCCUAAAUCGAAAGGGCUAACUCCAAACCAACAUGUACACUAAACUUGAGUAACUUGUGUAAUUAAAAACCAACUGAGUUGAAAUAUAAAUUGUGGAGUUACUGGUUAACUCCAAAAAUCAUUUGGAGCUAGGUAUAACUCCAAAAAUUAUUUCGGAGCUACUGUAGGUAUCUAAGCCUGGAGUUACUGGCUAACUCCAAAAAUCAUUUAGAGCUAAGUAUAACUCCAAAAAUCAUGAACAAGCUAGGUAUCUAAGCCUGGAGUUACUGGCUGACGGCACACUUGGUAUUUUCUCCUCGUUCAGAGGCUAGAUUUUGAUCUGCAGUUGCGGCGCAACCCAUUCUCGUACCGCUCGACCCUCGUCAUGCUUUGUUGACCGCAUGUAAGACGGGCUCUGGGUACGAGAAUGUGGCAUAGCCUAACUCCAUUUGAAGAUUGGCUACCUCCACAAAAAUAAACUCUACAGGUAUGGCUGAAUAAUGAGUGGCAGGGGAUGAUCAUAGAAUAUACAGUACCUUGUAUUUGCAUGCUAUUGGUACAACACGUUAUCACUCCCUGUAUUUUUAGCACCCCUUGCAUUGCCCAAUAAACCCUAUGCCUCCCUAAUAAUAUAUCACUCCCCGCCCCCCUCGCAUUACGUGGAGUGCUCCCAAUAUCUAUCUAAAGUUUUAAAUAUGUAACUAUUGUAUGACAGGGAAAAAAAACAAUGCGAUUUGACGGAAGCAUCUGCGGCAUGAAUGGGUCAAGGGUACUUGUAAAAACAUGCAUUUAUAAUUAAUUUUUAUUCUGAAGCUUAAGUAAACAUUCUAGUCUCUCUUUUCACAUUUCCAUUUGAAAAUCAGAGAAAAAAUUGGAUAUGAGUAUCAUUAUAUUAGCCUUAUGUUUCAAGCAAAGCCAACCACAAUAAACAAUACUGGCAAAAUGCGUCUUUAUAUUAGCGCAGGAAUGUUCUCCCUCUUUGAAAUGGUUCCAGAAUAGUUUACUUCUCGUCUCCACUUGUUUUUUCGUGUUAGAGUCUCGAAAUAUCCAUAUUUAGUCGUUGGGAAUUUUUCAAAGAUAUCUUUCAUAACUGAUCGCAACUCUUUACCGCUCAAUUUCCCACACUUUGUCCAAGCACUUGUGUGCUAUAAUUGAUAGAGAUUUCCUGUCGAUAAGUAAUUUUAUUGCUCUGUAUUACCGAUGAUUUUCGUGCUUAAAUAUAUUGAAAGCCACAAUUAUAUAUAAUUACAAAAUAAGCGUGCCAAAAAGUUUGCGAUUACAGACCUGCCAACCCUAGAGUGGCAGAAAUCGUGAGUUGUAUUUCAC